ACCGCUGGCGGCGCGCGCGCCCGCCACAGACGUGCAGCGGACCAAUCGGAGAGGAGGGACGGCUUCUUCGCCCUGCCCCUCGCGGCCUCUCACGCAGCGACGUACCAGGUUCCCUCCCCCACCCCUUCCUUCAACCAAUCAGGAAACGGCUCUAAGGGAGCGCGCGAGGUUUCCUUCCCCGCGCACCCGUUCUCACCGUUAAACGGCUGCGUCUCGCGACAAUCCUAAAGUGACCUUCCUCCCCCCCUCCCCCGCCCCACGAGCUCAACGCGCGCUAGGGGCAGUGGGAGGAGCAGGUCCCGCGAGGAGAUUGGUGGGAGGAAAACGCACCUUUUUCCCCGCCUCGCGCGCACCCUGGACUGGCUGCGCGCGCACCUGCCUCCCUAAGGAGCCGCUAAUGCCACAGGGCUCUUUCUAUCCUUCUUCCUUAAGCCGUGGAAGUAGCCUUGGCGUUCUUCUGCCUCCACCCCGACCCCACUUUCCUGUCUGUGGCCUUUCUGUCCCCAGCGCCGCCAGGUCUUGCGGAAAGAAGGGGAAAAUUUUUUGAGUUGUCGCUUCUCCUUUAAGAAAAAAAACGCCGUCGGCUGCCGGAUGAAAGUCUCUGAAAAAAUGGCGGCGGUAGAACAGAGGCGGGGUCGUGAGGGCAAGGAGGGCCCGCCUCUUGGCGCAUGCGCAGGGUCAACUUGUCAAAAGGCAUCCUGGGAGAUGAAGUCCUGAAUAUCCUGAGCUUUAGGAAAAGAUGACAGGCAACCGGAGGCGUAGAGGAUGCUGGGAGGUUUUGAGUGAUGCACGAUGGGAAAGAUGCCUUAUUGGAGGAACUGGAACGCUCCACUCUCCAGGACAGUGAUGAAUCCUCCAGCUCAGCUCCUCUUUCCCUGGAUCAGCAUUCCAGAAAGGAGACUGACCUUGCUGAGACUUCAGGUGUCCCUUCUGUUCAGAAUGAUACAAGUCCCUUGCUGGUACAGCUCGUGUAUACGACCCAUAUCCAGGAGCCCAAUAUCUACAGUGAGGCCCAAGAGCCAAACAAAGCACGGCUGCCUCCUAAAACCUCAGCAGCUGCCCAGCUGGAUGAGCUUAUGGCCCAUCUGUGUGACAUGCAAACCCAGGUUGCAGCGAAAGCAGAUGCCAGCAAGAAGCACUUAGCAAACAAGCAGGAUCAGAAAGCCUCCCUGGACUCAAUGCUGGGGGGUUUGGAGCAGGACCUGCAGGACCUUGGAAUUGCCACAGUGCCCAAGGGCCACUGUGCUUCCUGUCAGAAGCCGAUUGCUGGCAAGGCGAUCCAUGCUCUGGGGCAAGCGUGGCACCCGGAGCACUUCGUCUGCGCUCACUGCAAAGAGGAGAUUGGCUGCAGUCCCUUCUUCGAGCGCAGUGGCUUGGCCUACUGCCCCAAGGACUACCACCACCUUUUCUCCCCGCGCUGUGCUUACUGCGCUGCUCCCAUCCUGGACAAAGUGCUGACGGCAAUGAACCAGACCUGGCAUCCGGAGCACUUCUUCUGCUCGCACUGCGGAGAGGUGUUCGGGGCGGAAGGCUUUCACGAGAAGGACAAGAAGCCGUACUGCCGGAAGGAUUUCUUAGCCAUGUUCUCACCCAAGUGUGGUGGCUGCAACCGCCCAGUGUUGGAAAACUACCUUUCAGCCAUGGACACCGUCUGGCACCCGGAAUGCUUUGUUUGUGGGGACUGCUUCAGCAGUUUUUCUGCUGGAUCCUUCUUUGAACUGGACGGACGUCCCUACUGUGAGCUGCAUUACCACCAGCGCCAAGGAACACUGUGCCGCGGGUGCGGGCAGCCCAUCACCGGCCGCUGCAUCAGUGCCAUGGGCCACAAGUUCCAUCCUGAGCACUUUGUCUGUGCUUUCUGCCUGACACAGUUGUCAAAGGGCGUCUUCAGGGAGAAGGAUGACAAGACCUACUGUCAACCCUGCUUCCACAAACUCUUCCCACUGUAAUCUCAGCUGACCCCACGGUCCCCGCAGAUGCCCUGUAAAGUUUAAACCAGGAGAGCAAAGAGUGCUCUGUUGUUACCGCUCUUCUCAGUGGGCAUAGAGAGAAAGUAAAUAGAUCUAGAAAGAACCUUCUAGAUGUUACAUGGCUAGGCUUGCAGUCUUAGGUUUUAGAUUUCUAGUCUUUUUUUUUUUUUUUUUUUUUUAAAUCGGGUACUUGGAUCUAGAUCUAGGUCCUGCUGUUAGUGCCUCUGCAGAUGCGUCUUCCACAUGAACACAUUUAUUUCACCGCUGGUUUUCUCCCAUUUUCACCCCGGGGACGACCCUGCCCAUGUCUUCUCUCCUGUGGCCCUCGUAACUAGGCCCUUUCACACCUCCCUGGUUUCCCUCUGGGACUCACUUUCCUUUGACCGCUGCAUUAUCCUUGCUGUCAGCAGUCCCGAGGUCCCUCCCAAGUUCCCUUCAUCUCUCUUCAGUAUACUUCUCUUUUUCAAGAGGAUGUCGGUUUUAACUGGACUACUUUGAGUACCAGCAUCACUGAUAAAUAAAACGGCUUUUAGUUUUAA